ACUCUAUUCGUUGUURUUUCGAGCCACAGCUGCCCGUACGGGGCAGCAUCCCGAACGCCACACGGUGCAUCUAUUCCGAUGGGUGGCACUGCUGGCUCGCGACCUCCUUCAGGAGAUCCGUGACCAGGUCCAGCGACCUGCGGAGGSCGCGGACUUCGUUCUGGAGCUCCGUCAUCUGGUGCUCGAGCCGCUGGGUGUCCGGGGAAGAAGGGGACCCAAACAACGACCGACCCGCGUAGCUUCCGGCCAGCAGCAGGCACACGGCUGCGAUCGACGAAAGGACCGUGGACCGAUCGAGCGGGCCAACAAGGCUUCCGAAAAGAGCCAGCAAGCCCGGCUCUGCCGUCCCGACGGGAACGGCAUCGUCCUCGGCUUCGUCCUCGUCCUCCUCCCCGUCGCCAGGCUGCCCGCCCAAGGACUUCCGGGCCGCGUUUUUCACGGCGUCGAACAGGCGCAGGUGGACGUUCCUCGUCUCCUCGAUGGUUCCGGACUCGAUCUGGGACCUGAGCAUCGUCCUCUUCUUGAAAUUCACAAAGAGGCCGACCUCGACCUGGACAUCCUUCGCACCUUUCCUCGUCGCUACCCAGCGCAUCUCUACCGCAAAGGUGUCGGCGUACGGAAUGCCAUCGAAUUCCGCGGAAAUCGCAAGGACGCACCGAUCCUUGCCUUCCACCCGGAUGAAAUGCCGCUGCUUCACGAUUGCCACGGGCGGACCGAUGUAGAGGUGGGUGGUACGAUUGAACUUGAAAGUCACGAGACGGUACUGGUCGUAUUCUUCGUUGCACCACUCGUUCCUGAAUCUGGUGUCUUCGGCAAUCUUCCAUUCUUCCGUCGCAACAUCGAAACAUUCCUCUUCCUUCAGCCACGAACCGUAAAAGGAUUCGCCCUCGGAUCGGUCGGCCCAUGCACUUUCAAACAAAGACUCAAUCGACAUAUUUUUKAUCGUCUUGGAUAAGACAAUGUUCAUCUUCUYCAGCGUAGAAUCCGGAGGAACUAAGGAUGAUUUUGCGUCAGCGGCAGUGUUGUCCUUUGGUGUUUCUGACGCCCUGCGCUCGUCACUUUCUUUCUUCAGCCUCUUCAGAUGUGCCACGACCUCGUCCCUGUCCUUGAGACGGCAGAGAAGAAACGAUAAGAUUUCGUUGUCAGAGCGGUAAGAUACAACCAAAUCAGUGUCGUUGUUCGACCCCAUGAAUCCUUUUUCCUUUUCGAUACCCGUGAUAGUAUCCCAUUGCAACGUGAAAUGCUUGUCAGAUGCAAGGAAAUAAAUUGCAUCCUUGGUUGUAUAGAGUCGACCGUAUAAAUUGGAAGUCAAAAGGGUCACCCUUUCCUUUGGACGGUAAGCACAAAGAUGUGUUUCAAGUAUAUCCGGAAUCUUUUCGUCUUUUGGUUUCUUUGACCAAAAGCGCUUAAUGAAUGCCUUCAUUUCAGAGCUCUCCUCGGUAGUAGAGACCUCUUUCUCCCCUAUUUCGGACCUGACAGAAUUGGUGCCAUCGGUCGACGUCUCUGCGGGAGUGCUAUCACUUGGAGAAAUAGAUUGGUCUGAGGGGAUGUCGUUGCAACUAGCAACAUCUCCUUCCUUUAUUUCUUGAUCUAGUGGUUCAAUCUCCAAAUCCAAUGCUGCCAGUGUUGUGACGGUUUCGGUCACCCCCAAAAUCCGACCAACGUUACCAGAUUUGAUAGGAUUUAUCACAAGAGUAUACUCUGUAACCGCAUCAGUUGAAGACAAGGAUGACUGCUCAGCGUUCAAUAUUUUUUCUCGAAAUCUCUUGGACCAAUCUUCCUUGGUCGCCAUCAACGAUUGAAAAGAGGUAUCAAGCUCUUUUGAUACACGAUUUUCAAACGCAUUAGACCGAACCGUAUUCAAUGCAUUCGCACUCUCURUCAACUCUUCAACUGUAUUUUUCAUCUCAGUCCAUCCGAURUCGUCUUCAGAUUCAAUUUUGCGUAUGCGUUCUUUUGUAUACGUUGUAUAGGCAAGCACUGCACUUUUCUUUUUUACCCUCGCUUCCUCCAAUGCGAGCUUGUCAUUUGCUUCUUUCUGGUCUUUUUCGGCCAUGCUAAUCUGCGCAAUCUGGACCAUUGCAUUUUCGGUGAGUUUCUUCAUAGCAUUGCCUCCUUUGAGGAAUGCUAGGCCGACCUUAUUUGGCGUUGAUUGGAUCGCUGAAGCACCGGAUCCAGAUCCAGAGGAAUCGGUCCUUUUUCUCGGUGAUUGUGGAUUCUCGUCCGAAUCUGUUGAUCCCAUUAACGACAACGAAAGACCUGCUUCCUUCGAAGAAGCUCGCUGUCGAGCAAUUUCGACUUGCUGUUUCGUCUGUUUGUAUCUUGAUUCUAAUCUCGUUUCGAAGCGGGCGGCAUCGCAUACCUGUUUCCAUGCAGCAUUGUCUGCAUCAUUUUCGAUUUCUAAAGCUCUUUUGCAUGAAGAGAACCAUUUCUCCAAUUUAGUAAUUUUGAAAGCUACCUCAGAAACAAGCUUUGCUUCAUCCUCAAAUAUUUUCAAUAUUGUUUCCCAAAUAGAUCCAGACUGAGAAG